AUGCCAGAGCAAGAUGAGCCAUGUCCUCUAGAAGAACCGUCCCCAUCACCCAAAUCACCACCGAUGCCACUAGCUCUCAACCCGUACCUUCUUCCGUACUUCAGCCAAAUGCCGCUUUACAAAAACUAUCUGAAGUCGAAAAAGCAGAAUUCUCUGACCCUUGCUGACUACCUCUUGAAAAGAAAAGAACAAAAUACACCAAAAUAUGCCGAUUAUGCUAGAGCUGAAAAAUUCAUUGCACAACUGAGUGCAAAGAAAAUAGCAAAGGGGAGUGAGGAUGUUUGA